AUGAGUGUCAAGGCCCAACAGCCCACGCAGAAACCACAUAAUUAUUCACUAUGGAACAUCUGGGUCGCGGGAUUCUUCCUCAAACUACUAUUAUUCACCACUUAUCAUUCGACCGAUUUUGACGUCCAUAGGAAUUGGCUCGCGAUAACCAAUGGUCUUCCCAUGAAUAAAUGGUACUAUGAAGCCACAUCCCAAUGGACUCUAGAUUACCCUCCAUUCUUUGCGUAUUUCGAAUGGGUAUUGUCACAAUUCGUGCCGCAAUUGGUGAAAGACGAUGGAUGUCUCGAUAUCGUGGAAGUAGGGGAAUACUCUUUACCCACGGUGUUUUACCAGCGAUUGACGGUGAUCGUCUCGGAAAUCUUAUUGUUUGCGAUGUUACAAUGGUAUAUAAACACUUGUGAAUCAGAUAAGGCCCGUAAAGGAGGGUUUGUGGUGGCAAGCAGUAUUGCGCUUUCCCCAGGUUUCUUGAUCAUCGAUCAUAUUCAUUUCCAAUACAAUGGGUUCUUAUUUGGCUUGAUUGUCGGUUCGAUUGUCGCCGCAAAACAACAGUACUAUCUCCUAUGUGGAGGGUUGUUUGCCGUGGCACUAUGCUUCAAGCAUAUCUUUCUUUAUUUGGCCCCGGCGUAUUUUGUGUUUUUACUCAGAGGUUAUUGUUUAAAUUUACCGAAUCACAAUAUUUCACUUAUGGAGAUUCUCGAGAUCUUGGGGCUCAAAGCAGCUUCUGCCAAGUAUAAACCGGUCCCCAUUUGGAAAAUUAUCAAUUGGGGAAACUUGUUGAAACUUGGAUCACUAGUGAUUAUGAUUUUUGCCGUGGCAUUUGUUCCAUUUGGGUAUCCAGAAAAUCAACUUCCCCAGCUCUUGACCCGUCUUUUCCCAUUCUCCCGAGGGUUGACCCAUGCAUAUUGGGCCCCUAACAUUUGGGCAUUAUACUCGUUUUCCGAUAGAAUAUUGUCACAACUCGCCCUCCACCUCCCAGGGUUCGCCAACCUCAUGGUGAAAUUCGGAUUCCCGCAGUUUGCUCGCGACGUGAUCACCUCCAAAAUCAUCGUCACCUCCAAUACCAAAGGUUUAGUCCAAGACGUAUUAUUCACGGUGUUGCCAGAUAUCUCCCCACGCACCACUUUUUCACUCACCCUUUUCUACCAGAUCCUCGCGGUUUUCCCCCUCGCUUGCAACCCAAGCUACGCGAGGUUUUUAGGGUCGUUGACCCUUUGUGGAUUUGCCUCGUUUUUGUUUGGCUGGCACGUCCAUGAAAAGGCCAUCAUGUUGGUGAUCGUCCCGUUUUCGUUCGUCGCGGUACGUGAUCGUCGGUUCCUUAGUAGCUUUGUGGUGCUCGCGGCGUCCGGUUACGUCUCGUUGUUCCCAUUAUUAUUCACCCCUGAACUAUGGACUUUGAAACUAUUGUAUACCCUUGUAUGGUUCUUGAUCUACUACGCGUCGUUCCGUGAAGUCGCAAAGACCGGACCAUCGCAAGUCAGAAGGAUUUUCUUUUUUGAUCGAUUGACCUUGAUCUACAUUGCGGGAUUAUUACCAUUGGUGGUGGUGUGUGGAAUAUUAGAUGUGUUGGGGACCAAGGCUGGUGCUUUAGGAAGAUUAGAGUUCCUAAGGUUAAUGUUUAUCAGUGUGUACUGUUCAAUUGGAGUGGUGGGAAGUUGGAUCGGUUUGAGUUGGUUAUAUUUCUUUGAUGAACUUCUUUGGACUGAUUAA